AUGCGGGACCGCGACACGCCGGCGGACCGACGGGAGGGGGCGCAAGCCCAGCAAAAACGAAAGGCGGCGAACACGAAGGUGGGCGACAACAAGCGGCGGCGACUCGACGUCGCUGUCGGUGUGAGCCAAAUCAACCCAGCGAAGAAGCAAGACGCUUGGCAACGCCACAAAGCCGCAAAGGAGCAGAAGGAGAAGUACGUGCAAGUGUGAUCUCUUAACUCUACUGUAUCUUUUCUUGAAUGUAGGUGAACUGAGGCCUCGCCCGUCCUUGUUUCCAGUGCACCCCCAGCAGCCCCUGCACACGCGUCCAGGCUUGCGGUGACACGCACCUCUUCUCUUCACACCGUUCAUGCAGAUACCACACGUCAGCUUUUCCGUGCACAGCAGACUUCUGUUGAGCCAUACAGCGACGAAGAUAGCGGCGACGAGGACUCCUAUAUCGAUCCUGCUAUAAAGGACCUUGUGUUGGGCCGAGGACCCCUGUGACUUUUCGGACAACGGUCAGGACGAGGCAGACUCGGACGAGGGCGAAGACUUAGUCGGACCCACGGUUGUGGAUGGCGCCGAUGGGGCCGCAACUGUCGCCAUUGUCAACAAGGUAGCGACCAGCAUCAUGGACGAUGAUGACGAAAGCGUCAUUCCAGGCGUAGUGAGUAGCAUUCAAGCAGGUUUCGGUACUUACGUGCAGGCAUUCAAUGGGUCGUAUCAACACUUGCAGACGCCCCAGCCCAAGGCUCAGGCUCUACAGUCCUCAAUCGCCGGACAAGCUUUAAGACGCAAUCCACCGCAAGGUAGGGUUGCCAGUCGUACACCAGGCUCGUCUUCGUCGUUUGCGAGAUCGUCGCCCCUGGUCAAAAGGAACCUCGAUGUCAAUGCCCCCUACGACGGGGCGCACAACCGCAAGCCAAUAGAUCAAGAGACUUUGGAUUCAAAGCCCAACCGCCGACAAGCAUCCGACUUGACUCUAGAGCAGAAGAUGGUCGCUGGCGCCUGGUUUCAAACUAUUUUCAUGCAGAAUAUUCUCGACGGCCAAGGCCUGUGGCGAACAAAGAGAUCGCUUUACGCCCAGUCUCAGCUCGUAGCGGAGGUCUACAACGAAAACGCUGAAGAGGCCUAUCGAGUGGUCAUCGAAGAUCGCCGACCUUGUGCGGCAUUCUUCCCCGGCUACGGUGAUACCUUGCCAGCGCUGACAACACCUGUGUUUCCUUCAAGCAGAUCGUUUCGAAGAAUCUGGGAGUCUUGAAUUUGAUCAAAAGGACGGCGCUGAAAUACACCUACAAAGCAUACAAACUGGACCCGGACAGGCAACGUGAGGCAUCGACCGCCAAGGCCGUACUCUAUCUCCAACCUACUAAAUGGGCGGCCAAAGAGUUACGUUGCGGUGCGGGAACGGUAAGCCUUUCCAAAGCCCCGCUACCAGCUCCUUCGAGUGCGAUUCAGCGUUGUGGCCAUAUGUUUUGGCACCAAGCUGCUUACAACAUCUUUCUCCCUCAGGGUGGGGUCGACAUGAACGAUUGCUCCUUCGAGGCCGAGGAUGAUUUUCAGAACGACCUUCUAUACGAGAUCUUUGUUCAGAUCGUCGCCGGCAUAAGGAAAGAAAAAUCUGCUGCUUUCCAAUGGCCAAAGGAAGGUCUCGACCCGAACGACAAUGAUCAUCGCGAGCUUGCAUUCGCUCUUUUGACUCAUGCAUAUGCCGGCGUAAGUUCCUCAACUGUUCAGCAAUGUCCAUUUCAAACUACCAAUCAUAUCGUUACAUUCUUGCUAUGACGGAUUAGGUUCGGUAUGCCAUGCAGGUCCUUACGCCGCCCCCAUCGCUCCCCGAAUCGUCCGACGCUGGCAGAAAUGCGAAUGUGGCGAAGCAAACCGUAGCGCUCUGGCACGAGUUCUCGGCCACUCACUAUCAGGGUCCCGUCAUGGCCAUACUGCGUAGGCGUCGUAGAGAAGACUCUGGGCCUUUUUACUCAGAAGCUAUACAGGUACGAGUCACCAAUCGAGUACAGAACAGCGUGGAAGUAGCACUCCUCGAGGAGUAUCGAGGGCCCGGGGUUUCUAGGCGGGGAACCAGUGACGAGAUGAGGAUCACAGCCCAACGGGCUUGCGACUUUGAAGAGUCUCUCUUCACUUGA